AUGGAGAUCGUGUCUUCUCCGCACCUAUCUUCGAGCGAUGCAUUAGAACGGGUCGGCAAUGACUCUCAUAUUCCCCCCAAUCCGACCCUAGCACCAACAACGAACACCACAGCCCCGAGGAGACAUACAAAGGGACUGUCCCUAAAUUUCCCCAUUCUGGUGCCUACCAAUGUGUCAACCUCGCUUUCUCCGACUAUCGGGUCUGGAGUACAGAGCCCGGUCGAAUCAGCCAGAUCGUCGCCCCGUACACGUGGCGCCCCUUUCAAAAGCCCCGAUCCUGCGGCCGAACCACAGGAGAAAACCAAGACGAGGGGGAGCGCAGAAUUCUUGACUCUGCUGGCUGCGCAGGAAAGGAGGGUUCUAGAGUUGAAGGAAGAACUACAACGGGCAGAAGCGGACUUGUUGGUGCUGAAGAAGCAAUGGGCAGCCUAUGAAGCAAACAAGAAGAGAGAUGAAGUGAGACAAGUAAAGAAGCUCCAGCCCGUGGCAUUGGAUGACGUCGUUGGCGGCGAAGGCGCCGUCGCAGAGGAAGACCUCGAUGAAGAACGAAGGCGAAAGCGUGCUCUGGUGGAGAGAAACUACACGAAUCAAGCAGCUUCGGCGAACAACACCGGAUCUAUUGGUUUGGUUAGGAAGGGGUCAAAGCGAGUCUUUGAAGGAGGCCGACAUACGAGAACCUUGAGUCUACUCAGUCCGACAUCUACAAAAGGCGUGCUAAAACACGCAGAAGAGGCGAAAGGCACCAAGGAUGGCAUGACGGAAGCCGAUUCCGAGCAAGCCAGCAGACCUUCGCUCUCAAGGAUGGCAACUCUUGACAGUUUGAUAUCUGGCGAUGCCCUUCACCUUGGAUUUGGGAAGACAUACAAAGAGCUAGCAGCACAUCGGAGAUCCCUGCCCCCAGUGGCCGCGGAUCUACUGGUGAAGCAGGGAAAGCAGGUAUAUGAUGGAGUAAGAGAGGGCCUAUGGACCUUCUUUGAAGAUAUUCGCCAAGCCACCGUUGGAGAAGAGGGCAUCAAUGGGACUGCAGCUCAGCAGCGCCCCGUGAGGUCGAGUCAGAGAAAAGUUCGAAGAAAAUCCUCGGACAAGCCAGCCAAACCCAACUCAAAGGACAAUACUGAAAACCCCAAUUCUCGUUCGAUGGAGCCGUCAUUCUGGAGAGAGUUUGGGCUAGAUACACCGCAGAAGAGUUCGACUCGACCAAUGGCGGCGGAGAAGUCUAAUGGACAUGUUCAGCAAAAAAGUAGUACCGACUCCUCGAACACGCCCAGUCUGUUGCCAGAUUUGAACGACAACGACGAGGUCGAAGAUGGAUGGGAUGCGUGGGACUCGCCAAUGAGCAACCGAGAACCACCAAUUGUCGGGAUGGGGGAGAUGAGACAAAAGCCAGAAGACGUAGAAUCCGGUCUUCCUUGGCCGGAACUUGAGAGGAUUACUCCGAGCAAGCUCACCCGCACAGUGAGCGAUCUGAUGAAGGAGUGGGAUUCAAAUCAAGACGACCCAGUUAAAACAAAUGGACUGGAAAAUGGGCAGAUGCAUAUACUCGACAGUCCACAUAUGUGA